AUGGCAAAACUCAACUACAACACACAAACUGUAUUACGCGUUCGACCAACCUUGGACAAGACGACUUCAGACGAUAUCACCACCCUUGCCAAAUCAUAUGCUUUCGAUCGGGUGUUCGGUAGUAACAGCACCCAGGAUCAACUAUUUCGAGGCGUUGCAUCUAAUCUUGUUGACAAGCUUAUCCAAGGUCGCAAUGCAACGCUGUUGGUCUAUGGCCAUCCUUUAUCAGGCAAAACGUAUACCUUAGGAUCUGGCGUGAUGGAAGAACAAGGAGGAAACGCCAAUCCAGAGAGCGAAGGUCUUAUCCCACGAGCCACCGAUGCUUUGUUUGAUCGAGUACACCGAAACCAUCAUGGUGCACCACGUCCAUCAUCCAGCUUUUCGUCAUCCAUUCGAUCCUCUUCACCUUCACGACUACGACCCGUUUCAGUGGCAGGCUUGCCAACUGCACGCCGUGGAUCAACGCCAAAUCUCUCUAGCAAAUCCCCACGAUAUACCAUUCGUAUCACAUUCACUCGUUUUGAUCAUGGUGGCAACAAUGUCAGGUUAUUAAAUGACGACGAAUCCACAAUCAGGAAUACAGGAGAUGUGCUCAGGAACCUUGAUGUGGCAGCAGCACGCGCCAGCGAGUCGUCAUCAUGGUCACAUGCUAUAUUUACGAUUCAUUUACGACAAGAAAAGUGGACCCAGAAACCACCUGCCACUGUUGAAAAGAAGGAAUCGGUUCUUUCAUCCUCAAAGCGACGUAUUAGCACGCUCAACGUCAAGGCUAUGGUGGGACAAAUGGAGAAACAUGCACGACAUGAUGACGACAAUGGUGAAUGGGUGACUACAGAAUCGCAGCUCAGCUUUGUUGAAAUGGGAUCAGCUGUGGAUGAUACCUAUCGCAUUGUUUCUUGUCUUGAUGAUCUCACUACUGUUAUUGCUUGUGUUGAUGCAACAAUGUACCCACGUGCUAUGAUUGAGCAACAAUUGAAACACGCCAACCGAUGGUCUCAUAUUCCUAUCGAACAAUGGAUUCAUGAGUGGAUUGAAAUGCCUACCAUAUCGCCAUCUACAAGCACAAGCAUGUCCGAUACAUCUGAUGAUGAUGGUCAUUGUCGCUCAUCAUCCUCGGCAAGGACAACAAUUACCAUCCCUGAAGUGGCUGACUUGGAGCGGCAAAUCGAGGAGUUGCAAAAUCAAGUGACAGUGACACAAGAACGCAACAAACAUGUGGAGCAAGAAUUGUUGCAUAAACAUGCAUUGUCAACUGAACGUGAACAAGCUGUCAGCAUGUACAUGGCUUCCCUCGAACGUAGGAUCAACGCUCUUUUGAAUGAUACCGAAAGCACCAAUACUCCGCAUCAUCAGCUGGUUGCUAUCGAUCGCAUGUUCCAGCAGCUACGUACUUGUAUCGUCUCUAAUGAUAUACCGCCACCACCACCUGCUGUUGUUGAUACUACAAAGGAGGAAUCUUUACAACGUAAAAUUGAUUCACUUGAGCAACAAUUGAGCGAGACAAAGCAAGAGCACCAAACUGCCGUGGAUCAAUUGACAACAUCCAUGGAGGAAAAGGUUGCCAGCCAAGAAAAAAUGCUUCAAGAGCGACACGCUGCACAACUUGAUGAGAUCAUGCAACAACACAAUGCCUUUUCAGAAUCUGUGCAUAUAAACAUCAAUCAGCGUUUGACCGAAAAUGGCCAUUUGCAACAACAACUCGAUCAAUUGUUGACGGUAGAGCAGACUCAAGAUACAUUGAUUGAUCGAUUGAUGACUCAAGCUACUCAACAUGCACAAGUUGUGGACGUACUGAAACAACAAUUGGCAACCAAUGAGGAAUCUAUGAGCUUACUACGACAUGAGAAUCAAGAAAAAGCUCGUUUAUUGGAUGAGGCUCAGUCAACCAUCGAUGGUCUUAUGCGUGAAAUUGCUGCUCUUGGCAAAGAAAAGCAUGAGCUUGAUAUGCUUGUCAAGUAUGUGGAUUCCAGCAUUAAUCAUCAAAACGUUCGUGUUGUCAAGGUUGAUGAGCAAUUGGUGGAUUUGCAGCACGUGCACUCGCAUGAGAUCAAGACGCUUAAGGAAGAAAAGCUUGCAUUGGAACAACAAGUCGAGCAAUUGAAGAAGCAAUUGAUCGAGCAGCAGCAGCAGCAGCAGCAGCAAGAGAAGAACAAGGAAUCAGAGCAACCACAUGGUGAAGAAGAAGAAGAAGAAGAAGUCGAUGAUGAUGACGCUGAAGGCGAUAUCCGCAAUAUUAUUCUUGGUCUCGAAGCUCGUUUGCAAACUCUACAACAAACAAAGCGUCAAGAUGAGGAUGAAUUUGAUGUACGAUUCGAGCGUGCUAUUGAGGAUUUGGAGCAUACCCGAAAGCAGAAUAAGGAUCAAGCCAAAACAAUCGCCUCUCUCGAACAAGCAUUAGAAUCAGCCACCACUGAGCAGCAGCGUUUGAUGGAUAAGGUGGCUCAACUUGCUCAAGAGAAUACACAACUCACGUCACAAAUGACCACAGACCUUGAGAGCAAACGUAGUAGCGACAACAGCAAUGGCAACAAUAAUAGCACGUCUCCUCGUGUAUCACUCAUGUCAACCGCUUCGCUUCCUCCACCCACUGCACCACCAUCCAAUCCAUUGCCACCUAUUCCUACAGCGUUACCAGCUAUUCCAGCAGCAUCUUCUUCAUCCUCACCUCCAUCUUCGCCUAUUUCUCGUCCACAAUCUCCUACUCGCAUUCCAUCUUCACCACCUGUGCGUACUUUGUUACAGCGUCAGAAUUCAGGCACCACUACUAGUAUCAGUGAAUUGUUGGAUGAAAGCAAUCCUGCAGGCUCAGCAUCCACUGCAGAGCGCUAUGAACGCAUUAUUCAAUCAUUACGUCACAAGAUGCAUUCAGCAGAACAAGAUAUCAAGGCCCAUCAAGAUGUUAUUGGCAAGUUGGAAUGCCAAUUGUCAAGAUCGGAGCACACGGUGCGUGAAGUAAAACGGCAAUUGGAUGUCUUGUCACGUGAAAAACAAGCUUCUCAUCUCGAGAUCCAAAACUUGAGGAGCCAAGUUAGUGCACAAUCGGAUGCUGCUAAAACGGCAGAGGAUAUUCAAUCACUGGAGGAUGCAUUGGAAAAAGAACGUCAACUCAAAGAAAAAGCUGAAAAGGCACGACACAUUCUUGAACACCGCAUGGAAGAGUUGAUGAGCAAAAAGAGUAAAUUCAUGUGCUUCUAA